GAGAUCAUCCCCUCCCGAUUCGUUUCCUCCUUCUAGAUUCUAGAAGCUAUUAUAAAUACCCUCCUCUCGCCUCGCGAAACCCCAGAACCACGCCGCGCUUUCCCAUCAAUCCUUCGCCGUCAUCGCCGCCGCCGCCGCCGCCGCCGCAUUUGUACGAACACCUCGCGCGCGAUGGGCAGAGGCAGCAGGGCUCAGCGGAAGGAGGCCGCGGAGCUGGAGCGGCGGCGGCUCGAGGCGGAGAGGGCCCUGCGCAGGGAGGCCGUGGCGGCGCUGCGGAUGUACCGCGAGGAGGGGCGCCACGACGAGGCGAUCGCGCGCGCCGAGGAGCUCGCGGCGGGGCACCCGGGCUCCGCCGUCGCCGCCCACCUCGCCGCGGUCCUCCACCACGACGCCACCAACCGCGCCGUCGACGGCGCCUCCGGCCAGCAGCCCUCCGCCGCGGGGAAGCACCUCCACCCGGCCCGCGACUUCUACAUCCGUGCCGCGCGCCUCGCCCCCAACUGCGUCGAGAUCGCCACCAGCCUUGCGACGGUGCGGUUCGCGUGCCUCGACGACGACGACGCGGACCUCGACAUCCGCCGCGCCGUGACCAUCGACUACCCCACCGACCCCGCCGACAACAACGUCGCCUACGACCUCGACGACGACGACGGCGCCACCCCCAAGGACAGGAUCGCGAACGCGAGGGCGGCCGCCAUCGAGCGCUACAACCUGAUCAUGGCCUUCGUCAUCGCCAAGGUCAUCCCCCGCGCCGUCCGCGGCGUGCUCGACGUCGCCGAGCGCGAGGGCGCCGCCAAGGCGGUCAAGCCGGCGAAGGCGCUCGCCGCGCGCUACCCCUACUCGGCGCGCGCGCUCUUCGCCCACGCGCACGUCGACGUGGAAUUCGCGCGCGGCCUCGCCCCGGGCAUCGACAAGCGCCCCUUCCUGGACCGCCUCCUCGGCGAGCUCAACGGAGAGGCGCUGCGGUUCGACACCUCGCUCGUCCUCGCCGCAUUCCGCGCCAAGCUCGUCUUCCUCUUGGGCUCGUACGUCUCCGCGGAAGGCGAGUGCAGCCGUGGGUUGCACAUGGUCGGAGCAGCUGAUCCCGCCGACGAGGAUGUCCCCCCUGGAUCUGUCCCCGGAGAGAACUCUGAAGAUAGGCAAUCCGCUGUCCGUGUAGAGCUCGGUCGUUUAUUCCAGAAGAUUGUCUUGGCGACCAAAGAUUACUGGUCCUCGUUGCCAAGGGAGAAGCAGGACAGAUUUCGGUUUGCGGGAUUCAAUUCGAUGCAUCAACACUAUGCCAAGAACUAUGAUGACACGCACGAGGGCGCAAAGACCAUAUCUGAUGCACUCAGCUUUGUCAGGAAGAACAGGUCGUGGAGGUUUUGGAUUUGCCCCUAUUGUGUUGGCAAGAAGAUCCCGGACACCGAUUCGCUCUUGCAACACAUGCGCAACAAGCACCCGGAAGGGGGUGUGUGGCUGAAGCUGCUGUCGAUUUUGGAUCCAAAAUCGGUAGAUUCAUCUGAGGGCGACUAUUUCUUGGACGACGUAGCUGUCUGUCAAGAUUCAGAGGAGAAUUAUGUCCUGCGUUUCGAAAGGAUGGAUCAUAUUUUCAAAUACUUGUUUCUUCGGGCAACUGGCACAGUUGAGCACAAGCAAUUUUCUGAACUGCGAGAGACUAAAUGCAAAGAAGGAAUUGAAAUCCUUGAGAUGAUGAAGCCAAAGCUGAAGAAUGUCCCCACAGAUAUUUCAAGCAGUGAGUUUAAUGAGGCUUGUGCUGAGAUCCAGGACAUGUGGAAUGACUUCCUUGAAAUCUCUGUUCUGGAUUACCGUGUAGUCAUCACACCCCUUGCAAUAUGUUUCAUAUCGGAACAAUUACUUCUUUCCAUGAGUAAUGAUGAAAAGGCUGCCAGUAAGAGUAUUGAUGCUGCUGAUAUUGAUGCAUUAUUUCCUAAUGUCGAUGACACUCCUGAUAUUGAUGCAAUAUUUCCUAAAGUUGGCGAUGCCCCUAGCGCUGCUGAUACAUCAAAAACAGGUUAUUCGGAUUUUGGUUCCUCUUUCAAUGCAACCUGUCUUUCUUUGAUACAGAGCUUGUUGCCUUGUUGUUCAUGCAGUUGUCAAACUAUAUAUGUACUGCAUCUACUUGAGGCAUGCUUGCUAACUACUACAUGGCUUCCAUUCAAAUACAAAUACAAAUACUAUUAAUCACUUCAGUUUAAUUUCAUAAUGUGAUAUUGUAGUAGGUAUUUGAACUCUAUUGAUAACCUGCAAUAAAGCAUUAAGCAUCACAUCGACAUUUUACUUUUUUUAAAAAAAAAUCUAGUUAUUUGCAAAUGUGUGAUUACUUAUUUUGUAGUAUUAACAUCACAGAUUCUUUGU